GAAGGUAGCCCGGGCGACAAUCUCGCCUGUUUCAUUUCUAGCUUGCUAGUAAGAACGGAAUAGCCUUUACAGCACCGCUACGUGGUGGUACAAUUUUUGGGUGGAGCUGGAAAAUUAAAGGUACAAUCUAUACUUCUCGUGUUUUGCAAUUAUUAACCGACCAGACCUGCUGGUGUCUUCGUGCCUACGCUUAGUCCGUAAUCAGCCCGCAGUGUGGCAGGCGGUAGGUUUAGAUUGCGCCACGCCCAUGGUGUAUUUUUAGACGGCCAUGCUUAACUACGCCAAUCUUUCAAUAUACGCCAGAGCCAAUGCAAUUUAAUAAUAUCACCGGAGCAACGUCACCGGAGCACCAGAGCUGUCUCAUUGCGACAAAUAUGCAUAUUUUUAGGCCCUUCCGGAUGCUAAUGUACAAAUUCCUUCUUUCAGAUUAUGAUACAAAGCUAGCGAUUGUCUUUACAAAAUGGCAGUUAAGUUGCAUUAUGACUACAAUUAUUAAUCAAAACUAACAAAUACAAUCGCUACGAUGGGGCAAACCUGAGAUCUUAUAUGUUUUGGUAUAAUCCUAUCACCCAAUCUGCUGCAAUAGAGCCUUGGGAACCCCCGCAGUUACCGCCGACCGGCCGACGGUGGCGCCCCAUGCGGCCGCUGGCCGAACUGGCCUGUUUGCGACCGAUUGUGUAUCUCUGCGUCGGCGGGACGCCAGUGGCCGGCGUCGGUGACAGUGCCGCAAUCAGCUCCAGACAGCGUCACUCCCGAAACGCGGGACACUGAUGUUCAGCGCGAGGAGAAGCCGACAUUCAACAGGCGAUAGCGACGCAAUCUGAUUUCAAAGAUGGAGCCGCGGGAGCACAAGAUGCUGGAGACUCAGCUGACCCGGCUCACGGCCGAGGUUGACGCCUGGAUUCAGCUUGAGCCUGAACAGUGGAGCUCCGAAACAUUGACUUCGAUCCUCUGCGACCUCUUAUGUCUGCAUACCAGUCUCACCAAGAGUCAUGUAGAAACUGCAGCCCCACACGAGGCAUCGUUGGCCCGCAAGUUGAGCCCCGACGGUCUUGGCAGCUUGCCAGUGCUACUGCCGGCGAGCUUAGCCAGCUGCACAUGCGUACGGCAGUGCAAAUUGGCUGUGGAAAAGGAUCUACCUGUCUGGCAGCGUGCGCGAGGGCUGUAAUGUGGCAAGGGCCGAUUGCAGCCUCUCCGAUACGGACAUCAUGCUCCAGCUGUGCCAAGUCACGGUAUUGGAGGGGUCCGGAUCGGCUACUGAGGUCUCAGACCAGUUCGAUGACAGGACCCCGGACCGACCUCGUGGCGUGGACCCGCAUCCGUCCGAUGACGUGGUCCCAGGCACGUCCGGUGCUGAGGUCUCGCAGACGGGCAUCGUCUACAGCGAGGAGCCGACCGCACACCACGGCUUUGUGCUGCUGCACCUGCAGCAUCGGGCCAACUGCCGUUCCACCGAUGAUAUGCUGCUCUCCGCCCAGCACGUGGUGCGUCUGAUAAGCAGCCUAAGCGAGCCGCUUACCUCCUUCUCGGCACCGUGCUUUUCCGGCCCGGCAGCGUCCACCAGGCUGCACUUCAAACAGACGCACAAUUCAAAUAUAACCGGCUGGAACAGCUUCGACCUGGUGCCGUGCUUGCCGUACCCAAACUGGCAGAGUGCGGAGUACAGGGCGCGGCCGCGGCCGUCCGGCCAGCCCAGCGCGGCGCUGGUGGCGCGCCUGUGCCGCACGCCCGCCUUCCUCGUGCCGGCCGGCUUCCCCGGUAGCACCAGCGAGCAGCACGAGUGGCGACUCUCGUUCUCGCGGCACGAGUACAUCGCCUACCGCUCCAUGAGCGCGACGCAGCGCGCAUGUCUAACCGUGCUCAAAUACUGCAAGUCGAUUCUGGGCGAGGCGGCGGCCGAGCUGAAGAGCUACCACCUGAAGACGGCGCUGCUCUGGCUGUGGGAGACGCUGCCGGCGGCACGGUGGUCGACACGGACGCCGCACCAGUCGCUGCUGGCCAUCCUCGACUACCUGCAGGAUCGGCUGCGGGUCGGCUCGCUGCCGUGCUACUUCCAGCCGCAGAUGGACGCCUGGGCGGGCCGGAGCCAGGCCGAGCUCCGCCGGCUGGCGGCGUCGCUGGCUGCGCUGCGGGCUGGCCUCGGCCCCGCUGCGCGUGCCCUGCUGGCCGGCGCGAUCGACCACUUGACGGUCGGCAACGACGACGUCAUGUUGGAGGGUUCCGACACGCUCAGUGAGCCCAUUCACGAGCUGAUCGAGCGGGUGGUGAUCCAGCGGCCGGACCUGGCGCACUGGGUGGGAGAGCUACCCAUGGAAGACCUGGUCGUGGAAGGGGAGAAACUGUACCGGCGCCUGCCUGUGCUGCCUGGGUCGAAGGCGGAAAGCCUACCCGUAGACCCGUGCUGCAAGGGGGACAGCUGGCUGGAUGAAUAGCAAGAGUACCUCCUCCGAACAGCCUGCCACUGUCGCGUCAUGUCGCGGUACCUGUCGAGGUGCCUUGACCAAUGCGCGCCACCAAUCUGCAGUCAUGGAUCAUUCAUAGCGAGGAGUUCUUGUAGCGGAGUUCACUGUACACGAAACCAAGUGUCGAAUUUUCCUGAUCCUUUAAGACGAUUGGAAUGCUACGGAUAUGACUUCAUCCUUGCAGAGCUACGUUCAUAUCCCUCCCCUUUAUAAUAGUUGCGACAAGGUAUGAAGUCAUAAGGAACUUCAAAGCAAGCAAAAAGCUUAACCAAACACGGCAUACAGAAUGACUAUGACUCUGCAUCUGCAUCUGUAUCUCGUGCUUCACUCGCAAACGCUAGUUCCGCGGACACUUUGAACGUGUUUGGUCCCCAAGCAAGGUUGAUAACUAGAUAGAUUGAUAACAAGAUUGAUCACUAGUUAAUAACUAGCGCCUGCCGAAUCGCCGAUACCGUUGUGCGCUGAGCAUAGAGUGGAAUCCGUUAUUACCGUACGUUUUUCGAUGUUGUGUGCAAAUCGUGGACCGCAGAUAUCUUAUGAAAUGCUGAGAGAUCGUAUAUCUAAUACGCAUUAGAAUACAAGACACGAGAAACUACACAUUCACACGAACUAAGAGUCUGUCGAAGGUCCAAAACAUCGCCACUCUGGAAAACCCCAUCACCCUACGGCUUAACUAUGAUGCGCGGCUUCUCUCUCCCUGGACUGGAAAUCCCGGCGACGACACCCCGCUAACAACGUCGCCAGGUACCAACACUUCUUUUUCUUCCCAAACAGCGCCACGCACGCCUCAAAGGCGAACCGGAUUGUUUUAAAGCACGAUAUCUAUUUUGCCAGGCCUGCGUCUGCCCAAACGAAGCGUAACAGAGACGGCUAUUAUGCUCGUUUGGUCGGGUUGUCGGGAAGGCCCGGUUUGACGCAGUCCACGUCCAUGACACGUACUAACCUGACCACGGGGUGGUCAUCAGCCGUGGACCGAGGGUCAACAGUCAUCGCCCACUGCGCAUCCGGGAUAAAAAGCUGAACAUGAUGGCGAUGACGCGGGUUUGCUAUGGCUGCAAUACGUUUAGGACCUGUUGGAUAGGGCAAAACUUUGCAUGACAUCUCAAUCGCAUUAAUUCGUACAUAACGUUUAACACGAAUGCCUUCGUAUUGCAUCUGUCCAUAUAUGCACCAUUGAAAACGAAUCACCGCAGUAAAUUUUGACGGGCGUAAACUUCGUUCGCGCAGUCGUGCUUCGUUCGCGCAAACAGCCAUGUACACAUUUUUUUUUGUAUGGAGAAACCUUAUGCCCGCAAAUCUUCACAUUGCAUUUCUAUGUUCGUGCUCGUUCCUUCGUCCUUCGUUUCUUUGCAUACGCGUUUGUUUCGUGGUCUGUGUUACACUUUUUUGUCCCUAAAACGUCAUACCCGCACCGCUUGUCUUGGCGCGUUCCCUAUGCCUGUCUCUAAAUCCAAAUAUCCGCAUCGCAAACCCUCGCGUUAACACUUCUGCGUGCGAACAUUCACAAAUGCACAACUUAUUGCACAUGGGAAACCAUAUAGUAAGAAUUUAAGUUACUUGCGCAAAAUUUCAAACAUGUUUUCGUAUCGCAUAUUCCUCCGAGGAAGGCUCGAAAUGCGUGUUUUUAACGUUUUUUAAUGUGUUUUUAACUUUUCCGUGUAGAUCAUUUUUUGUCCUCGCAGCACAUUUCUACGCACAUGCACUAUUUUGCAUUAAAUUUCUUCGAGCACGCAAUUUUUUUCGGCGCAUUUUUGGCACACAAUGCUUCGUUACGCACUGCUGCGUAAAAGGUAAUUUCGUACCGUUCUCUUUGAAGAAAAAAAGAGUAUUUUUUACUGCCUCGCUUGCAUCCUAAAGACCAUAGACAUGCGGGAUGGCGCACUUCGUUGUUGGCCAUGGAAAGGGUGUACUCGGAAAUUUAUCGAAAGUUAUAAUAACUUCCCUCCCCAUUUUCCACUCAUCUUCGGCCAGCACCCAUCAGGAUGUGAAAAUUUCAGCAGGGGCAUACGCUCGCGAAACACAAAACGCGCUCCGGAGGUGAAAACUGGGAAGACAUCGACCAGUAAACAUAUUUUUUUUGUGUGGUUGAUUUGUUCAGUCCUUAUGAUCGAGAAGCACCCUCGAUUAGCAGUACGACAUUACAUGACAUGACAUGACAUGACAUUAGCAGUAUUACGUGUUAAGGUAUGUCUAGCACUUAACAAGACACCGCGAUCAGGGAUGAUUAGGUCGUCCGACCGGUAUUAGUAUGGUAUGGUAAAACCACAUCUGCCGUCCACUCGUGCUAAACAACACCUGCGAGGCCACUUUAGUACGACAGUCACGUGCGACCCACAUUGUCUUCGCAGACUGCAGACAGACUGCAUGUUUGCCUAAAUGACGCGACGGAUGAGAGUUUAUAGAACGGGUCGCGAUGGGCCGCAGAUUAAGGCCCCAAGCUGUUUGGACACGACGGCUCACGGCUCACUCGUGACCUUACUUGGACGAACUAAGUCGCUUAAUGUGUGGACGAACUGAGUCGCUCUUGUUCCCUCUGCAUUACUUAAGAUUCAUCCCGAGCACAGUUAGGUAAGAGUGGGGAAGGUGACCGUGAAGAGUGCUCUUAAGCGAUGGGUGAAUAUAACCUCAGUUGGACGAGACCGACACUGCCAUUUUGCAAACAACGCGUGCAAAACCUGGGCGGGGGGAGGGGUAGGGGAUUAGGAAUGGCAAGGAAGCAGCAACCCCCCCCCCCCCAACGCCAGGCAUAUCUAACGUUAGCCUAUGGUGGUGCACGGAAAGAAAUGUAGCAAAACCAAGCUUGCCCCCUCAUCUCUACACUACAAAGGUUCUGCCGCCACUACUCUGUACUAACUGUAAAAUAAGCUAGAAAGCGCCUGAUUUUCCACCGCCGCGAUCCAAAUCAAACUUAGCUUUACAUUUCAAACGAAAUGGUAGCAUAAACUUCAAAAUCGUUUCAGUAAAGCUCGAUUGGUUUCUGUUGCGUUGGUGUGUUGGCCGCGCUUACCGUGGUCAGUUGCGUGCACAGUUUCGCACGCCGAAACAUAGCUUGAAACCAGGCGUUCCUUGUGAUCAUUUGCUGGAUGAUAUCGAGGUAAAGGAGGUUAGGGCAAGCAUGACCUCGUCGUGGCAAACCACGCUGAAAACGGUACAGUAAUGCGCAUGGUCUCAACCCGGAUGCCCAUGGCUGGCCGUGGCCACCACGCCUGCAUACCCAGUGGCCUCGCAGACCCGACCUGCUGUGGGCUAACAGUCCAGCGAAGACCACGCAGCACCAGCCCCUCACAAGCGCCGCUCA